AUGUUUACACCCCAGAAAUCUUCACUAGCAUUAGCGCUUUGCUUUGGCACUCUAUCAGUUCUUAUUUUCAAGUAUUCUGAAUAUGGAGGCAAAGAAAAUGCAAAUAAUAAUAGUUUGGAAAAAAAUAUAAUUCAGUCUUGGACCAGUUUUAUAGCACCGCCAUCGAAACAGUUCCAGAAGCUAGCAGUGGGUGUCAACUCAAACCUAGACAUUAUUGUACCUGGGGUGGAUUUAUUGAAGACCUUGAGUGUAUCACCUGGUAAUAAGAAGAACCAUGAUGUUCUCAAUAAUCUCAGCGAACUGCAGGAAACAUUUGCUUAUUUCUUUACCAAGGGAAGUGCUGCAGAACGCUCCUUCACAGAUGAACCAGUGUACAAGAAGAUCAUUCAAGCAGCACAGACUUUAAAUAAAGUUGAGCAUUUUGUAGGUGGAAACGCUGCACUAAUGGCCAAGAAAGCUGCAAGUUUAUUUCCUGGUUUGGAAAUCCACUUUGUUGGACCAGUAGGACCACAGUUAGAAAACAUGAUGCCCACAACAGUGAAGAUCCCUGUAUCUUGUCGCAUCCCUCAAGAUGAAGUUCAUCUCAUCAUGGAAUACAAAGUUGGGGAAAAGUGGGGCACCUCAGCGGCUCCUGUAGCCAAUCGAUUCAUUACCAGCCAUGACGAGUCUAAUGCUAAAAUUAUCAUGUUGGAGCCAUUUUUUGAAAGUCUUUCAAUUUUUCAACCAGAUCUGAUUAUUCUCUCAGGUUUGCAGAUUAUGGAUAGCCAGGCACCUGAGUUUUUCCAGCAACGAUUGGACAAAGUUGUUUCUUUACUUCAGCAAGUGCCUGCAUCUGUUCCUAUUCAUCUAGAACUUGCCAGUAUGGCUAACAAGGAUUUUGUCAGGCAGAUAAUAAGCAAGGUGUUCCUACAUGGAGCCACAUCUGUAGGCCUUAAUGAACAAGAACUGGGCCUUCUAUCAGUUGUUGGCGGUGGGCCACACCAAGAUCUUAUCCCUGCCUUAUCUCCAAAG